AUGGAGGAAGACGAGCUGAAAAUAAUAGUUGAAAGAAUCAGGGAUUCUGACGUAGACAUCCAGAAUAAUGCAUUGAACAUGCUAUUCGAUAUAACAAAGUCAUCUCAUUCAAAAUCCAUCGACACAAUAAAUUUUCAAUAUCUUGCAGACAAUUUGCCUGUGCUUGAAGAUAUAUGCAAAGAGAUUGUUGGAGAUAAUAGGAGGCGACUGUGUGAUAUAAUAAGUGCAAUAUGUGUCAUUGACGAUGAGAAGAAGCUUUUGGAAUAUAGAGUUGAAGGAAACAUAAUUGACCUCAAGGAAUGGGGACACUUAUAUGUUAAGAAGCUGACGGGAUGUAUUGCCGAUACAAAGGUCGGUAAGAUGGAUUUUCCCUUUGAGAGAACUAAGGAUGUUGGAAGGAAGUGUAUUGACUUUCUAUUUAAGCACAAUGCAGAAUUUGAAGCAAUAGAUUUUCUGAUUGAGAUUGGCGGGGUUGAAGUUGUCCUAGACUACGUCGACACUCAUAACUACAAUAGAAUAGUACUUUACCUAGAAGAUAUGGCCUCAUUUGUCGAGCUUUCUGAUGUUAUUCUCGGGGUCUAUCUCAAAAUGAACGACCAUUCGAGGUAUGUUGUUGGACUGAUAAAACGCCAAAGGAUUGGAGAGGCUAUUGAAUAUGUGAGAGGCAUAGAAGACAAAGACUACAAGGAGCAAUGUCUGUACAUACUUGCCAGAUGCGAUCUGUAUUACGAGACCUCUGACCCCAACGAAAGAUACAUACUUUCCAAUGGAUAUGUCAAGGAUGUCUAUAGGAGUGUUGGGGCCGAGUUGGAAAUAGAUAAGCCAAGCAAAAUCGACGGGAUUCUUAAGGGUUUUAAAUACGACAAAGACACAAAACAGCUUGCAUCGAUUGCCAUUGCUAAUGGGUUUGUUCACAUGGGAUAUGGGCGAGACCCGAUGUUUCUGCCUCAGGAGGGAGACCCUAGAGUUCCUUUGGACUAUGAGACCAUCCUUGGAUGUGAUGUGCCCGAUCUAAUCUCUGUCUUUGGAUCCAUAGGAGUGAUUGAAUCAUGGAAUUCAGAAAAGGUGAUGGAAACCCUUCAGGAGCAUAUAUUUGCAGAUAUUUCGCAUAGGAAGACAGGAAGCCUUCUAGGCCUCGCACUAUCUGGACUGAAGAACUUUGAGGAGAGACCGGCGAUUCUCGCACUUCUGUCAAGCAAUCUGCAAUCUACGAAUACCAUUCAUGUCAUAGCCACUCUCCUAGGAAUUGAGUCCAUGUUUUCUGGAACACGGUCUGAAGAGGUCCGGGAUCUUCUUCAGCCCCUUAUGUUUUCUGAUAGCAACGAGGUUGUAUUCUUUACUGCCUUCACACUAGGAAGUGUAUUCUGUGGAAGCGCUGAUGAGGACCUCACGUCUCUUAUGCUACAGACAUUUGUGGAAAAAGAAAAAGAGUCGGAGACACAAUUUUUUAGGUUUUUGAUGCUAGGAUUAGCAUGUCUAUUUUACCGUAGAAAGGACGUUGAGUGUGGGAUAAUGGAGAUAGGAGGUACUCUUAGUAAACACGAAAGCAUAUUGAUCAGGGGGUUUCAGUACGUGGGGACUGGAGAUUCGAACAUCAUCGAAUCCAUUUUGACUGAUUCAUUCACCGGAGAUACAGAUGCACUUCUUGAAUCUCUUGGGCUGCUAAGCUGUGCCCUGGUAUCGAUCGGGGAUGAAACAUCAAGUCAGAUGGUGGCAAGAAUUGUUUCCUCUUCCUUGCUGCUGGACUCCUCUCACCUAAGAAGUGUUCUCCCUCUAUGUUACAGUCUAUUGUAUCCAUCGAACCCACAAGUAAAUGUUCUAGAUAUUCUAGAAAAGUCCCUAAAUAUCGGAGAAACAAAUUGUAUCAUAUCUACAAUCAUAUCGUUGGGCUUUAUUGGCGCUGGUACGCUGAAUUCUCGCAUAAACAAGAUUCUGGACCAGCAAUACUCCUAUUACUACAAGGAUUCAAAGGUCCUUCCCAUGCUUAAGAUUGCACAAGGCCUUGUGUCUUUAGGGAAGGGAUUGCUGAGUAUUUCGCCCCUGUGCUUUGACAAGACGGCCUUUAUGCCAAAAAACAUCAUAGGUCUUUUUUCUACAGUAUUCAUGCUCCUGGACUCUUCUAUCAGCCCGCUAGUUUCUUCCCAUACAUACAUGUUCUUCUUGCUUUGCCAGGCAUGCACUCAAAAAUACGUUGUAUGCUCUGAGAAGAUAAACAUAAGGGUUGGGCAUCCGAUAAAUACAGUUGGAAUGGUAGGGGAGCCCAAGAAGCUCUCUUCUGUUCAGAUACACACGUCACCCGUUGUCCUUAACGAGAAAACAAGGGCAGAGACAGACGAGAACGUUUGCACUUCAUACAUCGAGGAUGUGUUGAUCGUUAAAAAGAAUUAA